UCGGAGACGGACGCGCGGACAUACGGAGCUGUGUGUAUAUACAUGUGUCAUAUAGAUUAGUUUAUUUGCGAAGGUGCUCCGGUCAGUUGAUAACAUGGCGUCGAAACGGUUUCACACGUUUAAAGUGGUUCUCGUAUCCUUGGCCGUGGUGGCGGUGGGGUACGUGGUGCGCACGCCGUGGCUGCCCAUCCGCCGGGAGAUCAAGGCGCAGCUCGGGUAUCCCAAGGACUCCCUGCUUAACUUCACCGAGCUCACCGCCGAGUAUGGAUACAUGUCCGAGGAACACGAGGUAGUCACCGACGAUGGCUACAUCCUCACCAUGUUCAGGAUCGUCCAGGCCAGGAACUGCCACCAGAGGAAGAGAUCUCCACCAGUGCUGCUGGUGCAUGGCCUGCUGCAGAGCUCCGACUCCUUCAUAGACUCAGGUCCGAAUGCUGGACUGGCUUACCUGAUUUCUGAUGCAUGCUACGACCUCUGGGUGGGCAACGUCCGAGGGAACUACUACUCCAGGGACCAUAUCCGUCUCAACCCCGACAAAGACCCCGAGUACUGGAAGUUCUACAUCGACGAGAUCGGGUACUACGACCUGCCAGCAAUGAUAGACCAUGUGCUGCAGCACACCGGGUUCGACAAGCUGAACUACAUCGGGUUCUCACAGGGCUGCGGCACCUUCCUCGUGAUGUGCUCCGAGAGACCUGGUUACUGUGACAAAGUGCAACUAGUGAUCGGUUUGGCUCCGGCCGCCAGACAAUUUAACACAAAAUCUAAAAUAUUUAGAACUUUAACACAAACUUUCGAGGUGUUAGAAGGGCCGCUGGAGAGUUACGGUCUGGUAGAAAUAUUCGCUAAGGGGGCAAUAACCCAAGAGUUCGGUGCGUUCUUCUGUCAACUGUCACAUGCUACUGCGAAGCUGUGUGAGCAAUUAAUGGAUGUGUUCGACUACGUGGACUCCUCUCAUUUGGGCUCCAUUACAAACGAGACGACGAGGAACCUGUACGGCCACUUCCCGGCGGGGACGUCACUGCACAACAUCGCGCGGUACGGACAGAGUCUAAAGAGUAGAAGGUUUGAGAAGUUCAACUACGGGAAGGAGAAGAACUUGGUGGUGUAUGGUAGCGAGCAGCCUCCGAAGUACAACCUCAGUGCGGUGACGGCUCCAUUCGUGUGUAUAUACGGCAGCAACGACGGUUUAGUGGACACCAAGGACGUGGAGUGGCUGGUCAGCAAGAUACCGAAUGUGAUAGAGUCUGUGAAGGUGGAGGACCCUCGCUGGAACCACAUGGACGUGACGUACAGCCAGUACACCAGUGACACGAUAUUCCCCAAGAUAAAUGAGUAUUUAUUGAAAUAUACGAGUGAUUAGUGA